AAUAAUAACGAUUAAAUAGUAGUCUGGAACUUGCAUUAUGUUAUUCAAACAUUUACAAUUGUUAGCCAAACCAUUAAAACCAAUAUCCACUAUAAAUUCUUUGCAAUGGUCACGCCAAAUGUCAGUUUUAGCCAAAUCCAUUAAGUAUACACAACACGGUGAGCCGGCUGAUGUUUUGCAAUUGGUGGAAGAAAAGUUGGAAAGUCCACAAAGCAAUCAAGUGCUGGUGAAAAUAUUGGCAGCACCCAUAAAUCCUGCCGAUAUUAAUACCAUACAAGGUAAAUAUCCUGUAAAGCCUAAAUUUCCAGCUGUGGCUGGUAAUGAGUGUGUAGCCGAGGUUGUGCAGGUAGGCGACAAAGUUAAGAAUUUAACUAAAGGUCAACAUGUGGUGCCUUAUGUUACGGGCAUUGGUACUUGGACCACACAUGCUGUUUAUACUGAAGAGCAGCUGAUGCCAAUCUCAAAUAAAAUUGGUCUUGCUGAGGCGGCCACUAUAACAGUUAAUCCUUGCACAGCUUAUCGUAUGCUUAAGGAUUUUGUUAAACUUUCUCCUGGUGACUGUGUCAUACAAAAUGGUGCCAAUAGUGCCGUUGGCCAGGCAGUUCAUCAACUCUGCAAAGCUUGGGGCUUGAAAUCGGUAGGUGUUGUUAGGUCUAGACCUGAUAUUGACCAGCUAAAAACCUAUCUGAAAUCCAUGGGUGCCACUGAAAUAUUUACCGAAGAAGAAAUUCGUACUUGUACUUUGUUUAAAGAAGGCAAGUUAACCAAACCUAAAUUAGCUUUUAACUGUGUGGGUGGCAAAAGUGCCACUGAAGUUACCCGCCAUUUGGCGGACAAGGGUGUUAUGGUCACCUAUGGUGGCAUGUCACGUGAACCUGUUAUAGCCGCUACUGCUGCCUUGAUCUUCAAAGAUUUAGCUUUUCGUGGUUUCUGGAUGACCAGAUGGACCAAAGAGAAUCCUCAAUCGCCCCAACGUACAGAAAUGUUCAAGGAAUUGUGUGAUCUAAUGGAACAACAAAAGUUUGUGGCUCCCGUGCAUGAGUUGGUGCCUUUGCAAAACUUUAAAGAUGCUGCCGCUGCUGCUUUGAAUUUUAAAGGUUUCACUGGAAAAAAAUACAUUCUUAAAAUGGAUUAAGUGGGUUGGGAAAAAUGUGUAUUUAUAUAUUUAUAAUAUACAUAUAUAUAAAAUUUUUGUUGUAAUUGUUUUUUAUUUGAAUAAAAUGUGGAACAUUUUUUUUGCCUUAAAAAA